UGGCUUUAUUUAAUUUCAUCAAAAUAAAAAUGCUGCAGCCAUUGCUGCGGAAAGCCAAGACCAUGAGAUGUCUCCUCACCCAAUCAUCGCGCUUGAAUGUCUCAAUUAUCCCCAAUUUCAAUCGCCCUAAUCAAAUUCUAAGCUCUCAUUUCCUUUCUCCUCCAUUUGUAGGCCAGGUACAGCAUUUGCUGCACCAAACGUAUAAUUUGACGCUCGUUUUACGCGCAAUCACACGCAUAUUAUGUGGUUCCUGGAGUUCGAAUUCGAGGGCUAAUUCGCGGGAAUAUUGUUCGAGGUCGAUUACUAGAGCUAAAUCCAUGGCAUCGGCGAAGGUUGCGAGCGACCCGGAGUCGAUAUCCUACUUGAAUCAGCGAGAAGCUGCGGAAAUCGAUGAGAUUCUGAUGGGGCCGCUUGGCUUCAGCGUUGAUCAGCUGAUGGAAUUGGCUGGUUUGAGUGUGGCCACGUCGAUAGCUGAGGUCUAUAAACCAGCUGAACAUAACCGUGUUCUUGCUAUAUGUGGCCCGGGGAAUAAUGGUGGUGAUGGUCUUGUAGCUGCUCGUCAUUUGCAUCACUUUGGAUAUAAUCCAUUCGUUUGUUAUCCAAAGCGUACUGCUAAGGCUCUUUACAAUGGUCUGGUUACACAGUUGGAGUCGCUUCCCAUUCCUUUCCUGUCAGUUGAAGACCUGCCAGUGGACUUAUCAACAAGCUUUGACAUUGUACUGGAUGCAGUAUUUGGGUUUUCAUUCCAGGGCAGCCCGAGGCCUCCUUUUGAUGAUAUUAUACAAAGGUUGGUAGCUUUAGGAAACCGGAAUGAGAAGAAUGAGAAAUCACCUGUCAUAGUCUCGGUUGAUAUUCCAUCUGGGUGGCAUGUUGAAGAAGGUGAUCUGAGUGGCAAAGGCAUUAGACCGGACUUGCUGGUUUCCUUGACUGCUCCUAAGUUAUGUGCCAAAAGAUUCUCUGGCCCUCACCAUUUCCUUGGAGGCAGAUUUGUUCCCCCUGCCAUUGCUGAAAAAUUCAAGCUAAACCUUCCAGAAUAUCCUGGAACUUCUAUGUGUGUCCGGAUUGGUAAGCCUCCACGAGUUGAUAUAUCAGCUCUUAGAGAGAACUACAUUUCUCCUGAGUUAUCUGAGGACCAAGCUGAAGCUGAUCCAUUUACUCAGUUCCAGAAAUGGUUUGAUGAUGCCGUGGCAGCUGCCUUGAAGGAACCAAAUGCUAUGGCCAUUUGCACGACAGGGAAGGAUGGGAAGCCCUCGUCAAGAAUGGUAUUGCUGAAAGGAUUUGACAGAGAUGGUUUCGUCUGGUACACGAAUUAUGGAAGUCAAAAAGCUCAUCAAAUAUCAGAAAACCCUCAAGCUGCUCUCCUGUUUUAUUGGGGUGCCUUAAAUCGCCAGGUAAGGAUUGAAGGGCCAGUGCAAAAGGUUUCUGAUGAAGAAUCCGAGCAGUACUUCCACAGCCGUCCUAGGGGAAGCCAGAUUGGUGCAAUUGUCAGCAAACAGAGCACUGUAAUCCCUGGAAGGCAGUUUCUUUACCAACAACAGGCAGAACUGGAGGCCAAGUACUCUGACGGAAGCCUGAUUCCAAAACCCAAAUAUUGGGGAGGAUAUAGACUCAAACCAGAGGUUUUCGAGUUCUGGCAAGGACAACCAUCCCGCCUGCACGAUAGGUUGCGCUAUACUCCGGAUGGAAAGGGGGCAUGGAAAAUGGAGAGGUUGUCUCCAUGACUAGUAUUUACAACUACAUCAUCCUCGUUAUGAAAUCAUACUUCUCUUUACAUGAUGUUUCAUAUUCUUUUCUGCAUCUUAUGAUGGAAAGUUAGCAGAUUUUAUUGCUACAUAUACAAUUUAAUUUGUAAGCCUCACUGUAAAUGUCAUGCAUGUGUACGAGAAAACUAUUUGUCGACA